AUGUUUACCAUCAAAGAUCUGGGGAAGGCUCGUUAUUUCCUUGGUAUUGAAAUAAAUUAUCUUCCUUCUAGUUUUAUGAUGAGCCAAAGAAAGUUUUCAAAGGACCUUCUUGUCACCUCAGGCCUUGAGCUCACCAAAAAUGUUGUUACACCACUACCUGUAAACCUCAGGCUCAAUAGUUCAGAUGGUGACCUCCUUCCUAAUCCAGAGUUUUAUCGUUCCCUUGUGGGGAAGCUCAACUACUUAACAAACACACGACCUGACCUUGCUUUUACUGUCCAAAGCUUAAGUCAGUUCAUGAAUGCCCCACGUACUCCACACCCAGCAGCACUGCAUCAUACUUUACGAUAUGUUGCUCACACUGUUAACCAGGGUAUUUUGUUAAAUUCUUCUAAUGAGCUUAAGCUCCAAGCGUUUUCAGAUGCUGAUUGGGCGUCCUGUCCAGAAUCCAGGCGUUCCAUCACAGGCUAUAUUCUUCUACUUGGUAACUCUUCUAUUACUUGA